AUGGAAAGUGAAUGUAAGUUUAUUUAUGUUGUAUUAAAGUUUUUAGUGAGAAAUGCAAUAAUUUAUUCUGAGGAUUGGGAUAAAAUCCUUGUUCUUGGUAUUGGAAAAAACCAUUUCGAUAAAUCUUUAACUUCACUUGAUUUAUUUAAAUAUUGGAAUGAUGUUCUUAAACCAAUAUUCAACUCUCGGGUAUUUGCUGCUGCGUUAGUUAGAGAGCGUUAG